CGGUAGCGACCGUAGCUCCUGUCGGGUGUGUGUCGCCAGCCCCUCCCCCAGGAGACCAUUGCAGUUGGUCGCCCCCUGCUUCUCGGUAACCAUGUGCGACUGAAAGGCCGUGAUCAAAAACGCCCACAUGUCGGAGGAGAUGCAACAGGACUCGGUGGAGUGUGCAACUCAGGCGUUGGAGAAAUAUAACAUAGAGAAGGACAUUGCGGCCCAUAUUAAUAAGGAGUUUGACAAGAAGUACAACCCCACCUGGCACUGCAUCGUGGGGAGGAACUUCGGUAGUUACAUGACACAUGAAACCAAACACUUCAUCUACUUCUACCUGGGCCAAGUGGCCAUUCUUCUGUUCAAAUCUGGUUAAACGCAUGGACUGUGUCACACACCCACUGAUCCAUCCAAAACCAAGGACUGCAGCCUAAAUUCCAAAUACCAGAGACUGAAAUCUUCAGCCUUGCCUAGGGGAACACCUCGAUCUUUGAACCUUUAUUGUGUUGUUUUGUGCAGGGUAUUCUCUGUACAAAUUUGUUGUGGUUAUAAAACAAUAAGCAAAACAGCUUACAUUUGUAUU